AUGUCGACUUCACAAGCAGACUACAAGGACCGACAGUUCCUUGCUGUCAUUGGCGAUGAGGAUUCCGUGACUGGCCUCCUCCUCGCUGGUAUCGGCCAUGUGACGCCGGCGCCGGACUCGCAGAAGAACUUUCUGGUUGUGGAUGGGAAGACCGAUAACGCAGCCAUCGAGUCUGCAUUCGAACGAUUCACAGAACGCAAAGAUAUUGGCAUCGUAUUAAUCAACCAACAUCUUGCCGAUAGAAUACGGCACCGGAUUGAUACAUACACAGCUGCUUUCCCCACCAUCCUCGAGAUUCCCAGCAAAGACCACCCAUACGACCCAGAGAAAGACAGCGUCUUGAGACGGUCAUAUCUGGAAGGUCAGAAAGCCGACAUCUGGGCGCCGUCCCAUGUGCUAUGA